UUAUUACUGCGUACACGUAAGACAUAUGACGCAGUUCAAGGACUGUUUUAACCCACUUUUCAUGCUCGUACAAUCUUUUGAAGUUCCGCAAUUGAAGUGUUUCUUUUUCUCGAUUAAACAGACUAAAAUGACUGACGACCUUUCACGUAACGAAGCCGCUCGCCAACGGCAAGAACGUUGGGAGCAUCAUAUGCACGGCCUUUGUAUACUUGACAAUCACUUGAAUGUCGAAAUGGAAAUAGCCUCUCACCGAUCAGCUGUACUCAACCAUCUUGUAGAACAAGCCAACAGGGUUAAGGAUUUGUGGCUUGAAUUCCAACGGAAAUCUGAUAAUGGACAAGUAUUGGAAGAUACUGCUGUACAAAUGGCUAUUGAACAACAUGGUCUACAGAGUCAUAAUUUCCAUCAGCCGCAAUUGCAAAAUAAAACAAUUGUGUCACAACCUCAAAGUAAACCUCCAGAAAUAGACUGCGAUGAUGUUUUCAAUCAAGCUGUGUCUGCAGCAAUAGUCGCAAAUGGAUUAAUUACUACUACAUCUACUCAACCAGAAAAUUAUAACAUGUAAUAAUUGUUAUGUAAAUAAACAUUUAUAUCAUCACCAAGGGACGACAUCUUAGAAAGAAAAAAAUAUUUCUACGUCAUACUUCAUACAACUUUUAGAAAAAUUUGAAAAGUAUUUAUUAACUUAAUAAUAUUAAAUAUUUUAAACCUGAAUAUGUGAUAGAAACUUACCAUUUUUUUUUAACGUUUCAUUUAACUUAUUUUUUCAUAAAAUCUCAUAGUAUAUCUUUUUAUUUUAGGUAUUAUUGUGUUAAUAACUCGUUUAUGUCUUCU